UAGCCGUGAAAAGUUAUGGAUCUGUAUGGAGUACUGCGGAGGUGGAUCACUUCAGGAUAUGUACCACGUAACAGGACCCCUCUCAGAACUACAAAUAGCUUAUGUUUGCAGAGAAACAUUGCAGGGUCUGGGCUAUUUGCACAGUAAAGGAAAAAUGCACCGAGAUAUAAAGGGGGCAAAUAUAUUACUGACAGACCAUGGUGAUGUAAAGUUAGUGGACAACUCAAGUAAAAAUGGGAAGAAUGGGCUAUUAGCCAACCCGUGAAGAGUCUUACAAUUCAGUUGCUCACCACAGCUGUGUUUGGU